UGACAUCUGAUCACCUCCCCAACCUUUGCCCGGCCAGGUGAGGACAAAGAUGGUGACGGAGGCGCUGCUGGGGGUGGUGCUGCUGGUGCUGCUGGCUCUAGUGCUCAACAGGAGACCCAAAGGUCUUCCUCCAGGUGAGUGGGGCUGGCCGGUGCUGGGGGCGCUGAUGCCCUCUGGGAUCUCCAUGGAGGAACACGCCACCAACCUCAUGCAGAAGUACGGCGACAUUUUCACGUGGCGGCUGGGGAGUCGAACUAUGGUCUUUCUUAACAACUUCCAGCUGAUCAAGGAAGCCUUCUCCAACCUAAGCCUGCAAGACCGACCUGACUUCUACACUUUUGACUCCUUUAGUAGCUUCAAGAAGAUCGGCUUGGCCAACAGCACCGGCCUGACGUGGCACAACAACAGGAGGUUCUCCCUGCGUCAGCUCAAGGACCUGGGAAUGGGCAAGUCCAGCCUGAUGGAGGCCAUCCAGAACGAGGCCGAGGUACUUGUAGCAGACUUUGGGAAGCACACAGGGACGCCACAACCCAUCCCCUGGUCACUCAAUUGUGCUGUCCUCAAUGUUAUAUGGAAGAUUGUCUCAGAUAUCCGGUUUGAUGUGGACGACCCCAAAGUUCAUUACUUCAACAAGCUUAUCAACAGAUCCUUUGACCUGUCGCAAGGCGGCAAUAUAAUAUUCGACAUGUACCCUUGGCUUAUACCCAUUGCUCCUACCUAUCUCAAAAGACGUCUUGGAGUAGAAGAUAUGCUUCGUUCAUUUUCAGAGAUCAGAAGUUAUGUAUUGAGAGUGGUGGAUGAGCACGAGGCCAAACUAGACCCCAACAAUCCUAAGGACUACAUAGACAAGUACCUGGUGGAGAUGGCAGCACAGCAAGGCAACCCAGAGUCUACCAUGAGCAAGGAGGACCUGUGGGUGCAAGUAGCAGAUCUGUUCACAGCCGGGAGUGAGACAACCAACCAGACACUUCGUUGGGUCCUAAUGUACAUGGCCAAGUACCCUGAGAUCCAGGCCAAACUUCAACACCAGAUUGAUGAGGUGGUUCCCAGGACACACCUUCCCUCCCUCCAAGACAAGCCCAGACUAGCCUACCUUGAAGCUGUGAUCAAUGAGGUGAGCCGACAUGUAUCCUUAGUACCCUUGGGAGUGUCUCACUCUGCAAUUACUGACACCCAACUUGCUGGCUACACCAUACCAAAGGGCACAAUAAUCGUUCCUAACAUCGAAAUGUGCCACAAUGAUCCAGCCUACUGGGAGAAGCCUAACGAAUUUUAUCCAGAACAUUUUCUCGAUAGUGAAGGCAAAUUUGAUACCAAGAAGAAGAGUUACAUUCCUUUCUCCAUUGGUCGACGAGUGUGCCCUGGUGAGGCUUUGGCCCGUAUGAACCUCUACCUUUUUCUGUCAGCACUUCUACAGAACUUCACCUUCUCAGUUCCUGAAGGAGAUGAGCUGGACUUGAAGAAGGAUCCCAAAACUGUAUUGUUUAAUUUUCCCAAACCUCUCAACAUCAUCAUCAACAACAGAAAAUGAUGCAGAGUAAGCAGGCAAUUUAUCAAGUAAAGGUGCCAAAUCUGGGAAGCCACAAUCAUUUUUCUCCACAAUCCAGCCAUGAAGACCUUGUCUCAAAUCGAUCCAUGAUAUCGUUGUCCCGAAUCUAGCCAUGAAGAUGUCAUGAUCAUAAUCACUAAAUCCUGAAUAUGAAUCUUUUUCUCAUUCUUUUUCUAAACAAACACUGAGUCCAAUAGCAUGAUGUGGUGAGGCAAGAAACCAAGGCUGUGUGGUGUGGCUGUUUGUUUCACUUUGGCAACAUCAAUAGGACUGCUGCCCAUGACCGCUGUGUUAGUACAGAGGCACUCACUCCCUGGAGAUGUGCCCAGGAUUUUUAUUCCUAUCAUGCAAUCUGUUAACUGGAGACCUCGGGCAUAAGCUCUGUGUACCCGCAGGUGUUUGAAAUCUUAUGCCAGACCUAAAAGCGCUAAAAGGUCACGGUGCUCACCUCCAAAGAAGCGACCCUAGUUACUAUGUGCAGAUAAAGGGUUAAAAACUAAUAACUUUGUAUGUAUCUUCCAAAAUUUAAUUGUUCUUGCUUUUGGUAAAAUAUUUUCCAUAAAUUGAAUGUUGAGUAAAAGGAUAAUAAACUAUAUGAUAAAAACUUA